AUGGCAUACCUUCGCAGAGACUUUGGAAUAUUAAGCAGGGUAUGGCUUUUAAACUGCAAAAAAACGCAAGAAAGCAAGGAGAUUUGUUACAAACCACAGAGUCUCUAAGCGAGUUGCAGGAAAUUACUGAUGCGGCAAGUGUUGAUCUACCUGUGAGCAGCCAAGACACUACCAGGUACCUCUUCAAAAUCGGCUUCUAUAUGGGCGUUAUUAUGCCACAUCGCUACCGCAUACUCUACGUUCUCUAUUCCUUCGUCAUCAACACGUUGUGCGUCUUUUAUUUCCCCAUCGGUUUUACUCUCAUAUUUUUUACCAUCAGUGCGGAAGAGGUAAAUGUUGGUAACCUACUCACUUCACUGCAGGUCACUUUCGACGUUUACGGCGGCUCCGCAAAAUUCCUCGUGUUGGCGUUCAUGCUGAUAAAACUACGUGCUACACACGAACUCACUCAGCGUCUUGAUAAAAGAUGUCGUGCUGCAGAUGAAGUAGCCGAGCUGUGCAAAAUUGUCGGUUUUGGGCAAAGGGCCGUCGUAUUUUUCCUAAUCGUCUUUUUCAGCUACUCAAUCAGCACAUUCCUCAGCUCAGUUGCUAUGGGUCAUCCACCGUAUGCGCUGUACUUCCCUUUUCUCAAGUGGCGUCGUUCGAAGACAGAGUUUCUAAUUGCUUCGUUCAUCGAGUUCCUCUUGAUGAACUCCUGCUGCUUGCAACAGACUAUAAACGAUGCCUAUCCGGUCAUCUACAUUAAUAUUCUACGCACUCAUAUGAAAAUUCUGCUGCUACGCAUUGAAAAGUUGGGCACUAAUACAACGUUGACAUUGAAACAACAUCUAUUGGAGCUGAAGAUGUGCAUUAAAGACCAUCAGUCACUGAUCGAACUAUACAACGUCAUUGCACCAAUCAUCUCGGUAACCAUCUUCAUUCAAUUCAUGGUGACGGCUUGUUGCAUUGGUACGACGCUCAUCAACAUCGGCAUAUUUGCGAAUGAGUUCUCGUCACGCAUAGCAUCUUGCAUCUACAUACUGGCCGUGGUCGUUGAGAUCUUCCCCACUUGUUACUACGCACAAUGUCUCAUCGAUGAUAGCAAUCAGCUGUCGAAUGUUAUUUUCCACUCGCAAUGGAUCGACCAAAGCAAAGAGUAUCGUCAGUUAUUAAUUUUCUUCAUGCAACGUGCGCAGCGUCCGAUGUAUCUGACCGCUGGCAAGUUGUUUCCAGUGACACUAAACAGUUUCGUCAGUAUUGCCAAAUUCUCAUUCUCGCUCUACACUCUAAUUGAAAAAAUGAAUUUGAAAGAGCGACUGGGCAUCGAAUGAAGCUAGAUCGGCACUUCGUCGUCUCAUGUACAGGAUUUCAUUAGA